ACAGACAGACAGGGGGGUAACGGGAGCCUCCGCGCAUGCGCGUCCUCGUCUCAGCUGGGGAAGUGCUUUCCCAGUUAGAGUGAGUGGUGCUCCUUUUGAGCGAGCCGCUGUGACGUCACGCACGGGAGGGAGGAGGCUGCGGGAUGCUGUGCUGUCACUCCGUUGCCAUGGAGAUGGAGGGUGAUGGGGAAGCAGGGCUUAUGCAGGCCUCUUUGGGGCCCCAGAAGUUGUUUGUGGGAGAUGGAUUCCUGUGUUUUCCUUUCAGCCCCCUCCUUAUUAUUCCUAUCAUUUAUAUAUCAUUGCACUCGUGGACAGUGAAAGCGCAUGCCCUUUUGGACAUCUCACGUGUACAAAGUGUGGAUGGACUCUUCAGGGAAUAGUGCCACGUAUCUAAGGUCUUCCAUAGAGAAUUUGGGGGCUGAAAGUGCUGAUAGUAUUGGUGCAGUAUUGAAUAGCAAGGAUGAGCAGAGGGAGAUUGCCGAAACAAGAGAAACUUCCAGGGCUGCUUAUGACACAUCUGGAUCAAAUGCCAAACGCAAAUAUCCAGAUGAGGGAGAAGCAGAUGAAGAGGAAAUAGAAGAAUAUAAGGAUGAAGUAGAGCUGCAGCAAGAUGAAGAGAACCUUCCAUAUGAAGAAGAAAUUUACAAAGACUCCAGUACUUUUCUUAAGGGAACCCAGAGCUUAAAUCCUCACAAUGACUAUUGCCAGCAUUUUGUGGAUACUGGGCACAGACCUCAGAACUUCAUCAGAGAUGUGGGCUUAGCAGACAGAUUUGAAGAAUAUCCAAAGCUCCGGGAGCUCAUUAGGUUGAAGGAUGAGCUAAUAUCUAAAUCCAACACGCCUCCAAUGUAUUUACAAGCUGACCUGGAAGCUUUUGAUUUUCGUGAACUCAAGUCCAAGUUUGAUGUGAUUCUUAUGGAACCACCUUUAGAAGAAUACUACAGGGAGACUGGCAUUACAGCUAAUGAGAAAUGCUGGACUUGGGAUGAUAUUAUGAAGCUAGACAUUGAAGAAAUUGCUGCUCCACGAUCAUUUGUCUUUCUGUGGUGUGGUUCUGGGGAGGGCCUGGAUCUUGGCAGAGUGUGUUUGCGCAAAUGGGGGUAUAGAAGAUGUGAAGAUAUCUGUUGGAUUAAAACCAAUAAAAACAAUCCUGGGAAAACCAAGACUCUGGACCCUAAGGCUGUCUUUCAAAGAACAAAGGAACAUUGUCUUAUGGGCAUUAAAGGAACAGUCCGCCGUAGCACAGAUGGAGACUUUAUCCAUGCUAAUGUUGACAUUGACUUAAUUAUCACGGAAGAACCAGAAAUUGGCAACAUAGAGAAACCGGUAGAAAUCUUUCACAUCAUUGAACAUUUUUGUCUUGGAAGAAGGCGACUUCAUCUCUUUGGCCGGGACAGCACAAUCCGACCAGGCUGGCUAACAGUGGGACCCACCCUGACAAACAGUAACUUCAAUGCAGAAACAUACACUUCUUACUUCACAGCUCCAAAUUCCCACCUUACUGGCUGUACAGAAGAGAUUGAGAGACUCCGACCUAAAUCACCACCACCAAAAGAUCGGGGAGGUGGCGCACCAAGGGGUGGAGGAAGAGGUGGAACUUCAGCUGGCCGAGGAGAAAGGGGAAGAGAGAGAAAUCGAACUAAUUUCCGUGGGGAAAGAGGUGGAUUCCGGGGUGGACGGGGCGGCACCCAUCGAGGAGGCUUUCCUCCUCGCUGAACAUAUCUCAAUUUGAAUUUUGCCCUGCCUUAAUGCUACCAGUUUUCCACACUUGUAAAAUAUCCGUUUCAUAUUUUUUAAAGUAUACGUUGUGUGUGUCAUACAGCAGUCUUUUCACACUAUACAAUUAUAGUGCUUUGAUUCCACUUUAACAACCAUGGUUCUGUCUAUGAAAUCUUAGGAUUUGCAGUUUAGAAUGUUUAGCCAGAGAGGCUAGUGCCUCACCAAACUGUAUAUUGCAGAAUUCCAUAGGAUGCAGCCAUGCCUAUUGAAGUGGAUUCAUAGUACUGUAAUUCUGUGACAUGAAAUAGUCCCUGGAUAUGGCCCAACAUUCUAUUUGAUGGGCAAGCUUUGGAACUUGUGAUGGAUGCCUUUCACUAAAACUGAAAUCAAUGCAGAGUAUCCUUGCAAUCUGGUCUCCAUUUUCCUAUUUUUUAAAAACUCAGUUUUAAUCAUAGUGGAUAAAAUGCUGAACAGAAUCCAUCACUUGCCAUUUUAAAAAAUGUGUCCCCCGCUUCCUAGCUUGGCACUCUCCUGGUAUGUUGGACUACAGUUUGCAUCAAUUCAGCCAGUGUGACCUUUGGCUAUACAUAGAUGGAGAUUAUUGAAGUUGUCAUCUAAUAUAUCUGGAAGUGCAGUAUAAAGGGAGAUUAUCCUAGCCAUCAUUUCUUCUUGGGCCAGUGACAUACAGUUUGACUUUCUCUUGCAGUAAUAGAAAACAUUAUGUUUUAGUUAUCUUUAAUGAUUUGUGUAAAUUUUAUUUUUUGUUUUUGUUUUUAAAAGCUAGUUAAUGGUACACAGAAAACAAAGAGGAAAACUGUUAUGAGUAUUUUUAUACCUCAUAUCUGCAUAACAAUGUAUACUUUGCUAAGUGUUACCUGCAUUGUUACAACCAACAAGAGUAGACCCAACAAUGAGAUUUGUUAGUCUCUACUUAUAUACAUCUUGAUUUGUAAGAUCAAACACUGGAUUUAGCCUUAUACUAAAGUCUGCUGCAUGUUCAUCAUACUGAAAACAGUGGUGGCACAGCGCUCACAAAGCCCAAAAUUAAAUACCAGAUUAUAUUUAUCAAAAUUUGCCAUAUUCAUUACAUUAGAAAGAUUCAUAAUUUGGAAAAUGAUCCAACCAAAUGGAAACAUCGUUGUCCUUUAGUGGGAAAAAAGUAUAUAUGGGUUUAACAUGCAUGGUAAAGAUAUUGGAACUGAAAAGUAUCAAGUAAGCCAUUGUAAAAACCUCCUGCAUUAGAGCCCUUGACAAAUCCAGUUUGAGCCCAGCAUUACCUUCUCUGCUGGAUUUGCUUUUUGGAGUGUUUUUUUUUAAAGCAAAAAACAAACCAACCCCAAAUCCUUCUAUUAAUACUAAUGGGAGUUAAUUUAUUUUUCACCAGCAUUAGGGCUCACCUACAUCAACUGAUUUGAUAGCAUUUCUGGGGUCACUAAAGGUGUGCAUUCUCCAAAAGUGUGCACCCAAGCCCAUAUAUGCCCACUUGCUUUCUUUUACUCCUUCCAAAGGAACUAAAAGGAACUGUUGUAGAAUUUUCCAUGCUAGUUGAGGAUAGGGAAUCUGAGAGAUCUCCCUUUCUGAGAAUAGAUUCCUGUCUGCCUUUGGUGGAGGAGAUUUAAAAAUCCUGUGGACCCCUCCGAGGUUGUAGUCUUAACAGGUUUGUAGUCUAACUUAUGCUAGGAUGCUACUCGUAAAGGAAACCUGUUCCCUGAUACCACAGUGAGAUACUGUUUUUCCAUGCAAAUAUUAUUAGGAAGGAGAGUGUCUUGUUUUUGGCCCAGAUGAUAUGCCUAUAGAGAGCUGGUGUUAUUGAUUGGUUAUAUACAAGUAAUUCCACAGGAGGAUGUUGUAGGAACUAAAUUUCAGGUCCAUCACUUUUGUAUUUUGCUUUCUUGAAAACAAGCUUUUAAAUAUAUUUUUGAUGUGAAAGCAAUGGAUUUUUUUUUACUAUUUUGAUAAAUAUUUGAUUAUUUUUGGAGUUUUGCCUUUAUUUUAAUUCAGAAAGAGAGAUUUCUUCCUAACCAGGUUCCUACUUUUCACUUUCCAGUUUCUGCUUUAAACGUUUCUAGCUUUGCUAUAUGAACUCAGCAAGUAUUUGUAUAUUAUGAGGUUUUAUUUUUUGCUCUGUAUUAAUGACAAUACAGUAAAGAAAGAUUGACUAGGCUAAUUGAAGCCCUUGGGUUCCCAAAUUUGUAUACCAAUUAUAUUUAGAGCACGUUUUAGAACAGUUUUUUUUAAAACAACAACAGUGGGUUGUUUUUUUAGAACAAUACUUAAGAAUUUGUGAUAUAUAGCAUUUGAAUGAGUUUUAUUUUUCUUGGUUGUUAUUGAAUAAUUUGUUUUAGAUGGUGGGGUUGUAUAACACUUUUAAAGUCAUUUUGAUGGAAGAGUUUAGGGAAUGCAUAUAAACAUGUUGUCAACUCAUACAUAGGAACAGCUGUAUGUAGCUACUAAUCAAGUCAUUUUUAAUUUGAAAAUGUUUGGGCUUUAUUUCAGAGUCUUAUUCUCCUGUACACACUCUACACCCUCCUGUAAUAUUCUAGAGUAUGGUACAAUCAGACAUAUUUGUAAGUGAUUAAAUCAGGUUUACAGGAUAAAUACCAUGCUGGUGUUGUUUUUCAAUAUCAUUACUUUCAGAGUGCUUCCUGUAACAUUCUAAGGAUUAAUCAACAUUUGCUUAUCCUGUUUGGUUGGGUAGUAUUUUAGAGAUGUUAACUGGAAAAGAGAAUGUCACAACAGGUAGGGUGUAUUACCUAGCUGAUGUGUUAGUAAUGCAGCAUUGCCUGCCAGUUGCAUUUAGAAAUUCCUGCAGGUAAAACGUAACUAGUGUAGCAACCCAUGGGUUCAAGAUAUAUGAUUAUUUCUUGAUCUUCACUAGCUCAUGCUCAUCAUAAGCAUUCUCUCUUGACAGAUGAGCUUGACAUUUCUUGUCCUAUUGUACAGAGCUUGCACCUGCUCUAAUAAUGUUCUUAGUAUUCAGAUGUUCUCUCAAAAUGAUCUUCUUUGCUUGAAGCUCAAAAGGUAUGUUAUUUAUUGUCUCUGUUUUGUCUCUGAUUUAGAAAUGUAUGGAAGAAGAAAAAAACAUGUACAAAAGAACAAAUGACAAAAAGUAAUCAACUCUGUUUAUCUCCAUUUUUAUAGUAACUAAGUGCCCUCUCUGCAAAAUGCUUCAUAUGCCAAAAAAUUAUAUCUACUUGGUAUUUGUCUGUAAAUUCCUGUCUAUGUUGUGUAAGUACUGUGAAUGUUAUAUAUUAUACAAUAUGCCAAACUUUAUUUGGUCUAAUUGUAUGUCAGGCUCAAGCAUAUAUUUCUAACAUUGCACUCAGUUCUAACAUGUACACAAACAUUCAAAAAACACCACUGUUACAAUUUUACAUAACUAGUUAAUUUUAUGACUCAUAUUCUGAGUAACCAUGCAUCUAUCUGCUGCAGUUAAAAAUAAGAAACACUGGAAUUGAUUAUCUGCUUUCAACAAUUAUCUCCCAGCCUGCCUUUAAUACUGUACCUAACCCAGACAGAAUAAAGCUGCUAAAAGCUGCAGAGCAGUGAGGCAAAAAUGGGGCAGUUCUGCUUUUCUUUCCUGUGUAUUCUUUUUGUUUGUGUAAGAGCAUAUCCACACUUGGCAGCCCUGGUUUAUUUGUGAACAGAGCAGAUGCUCAGACAAAGUAUAUAUGGAAAUGUGUCUUCAUGUCUAGUCUGACCAUUAACAGUCAGUAAAAAUUGUCAUUAAAGAUGGGCUAGAUAGGGGAAAAUCAUGCUUUUAGUAGUCUGACAUGGAUUUACUAUAUAUUGUAUAGCCAAAGCUUUUCACAGCACCCCUUGUUACCUCUUUCAUAUGAAAAUCUUCAUUGUUUCAUUAGCUCUGCCUUGAACUGGAGAUUUACCACAUGUUACUAGUCAAAUGUUUCAUCUCCUUGCUAUCAUAACUAGAUGUUUCUGUAGAAGUAUUUUCUUCAAUGGUGAAAAAUGCAGGCAUGACUUUUCUAUCUGACUAUUAUCCAUUAUGCAAAGGAACCUUGUAGCACCUUUGAAACUAACUGAGAGAUGUUGGUAGCAUAGAUUUGAUCCUACUUCCUCAGAUACACCAAUAUUAUACUGGCAUUCUACAAGUCCAUUGUAUGGUUUUGGUCCCUACCCCCCAAAUAAUGCUGGAGAUCUGGAAAAGGUGCAGAAAAGAGCAACCAGUGAUCCAUGGUCAAAAUACCCCCCCCCAUGCUAAACUCGUAACAUUUGGGACUGUGUAGUUCAGGGGAAGAAAGGCAGGGGGUGAAGUUUAUAGAAGAGCAGGAUUGGGCAAUUUUCCUGAUUUACAAUUUUAAAAAAAAUAUACAUGCUCUGUUAACCGAGCAGCCUUCUGUCUUCCUGAAUAAAUAUUUAUAAUUCCAAAGCAGCAGGCUCCAGUGUGGAGGAAAAUUAGAUGGCACUGAUGUGGAAGAUUCACUAAUUGAAAACUUGAUUUCAUUGGAAGAAUAUCCCAUCUGGACAAUUGACUGUAGCAAUACAUUUUUACAUACGCUGCAAAAAAAUAGGACUGUACUUGAUGUGAAAGUCUAACUGGAACCAUGAAACUGUUUAAGUAGUUAUCCUAGAAAAAUGUGAGCCAGUUUGGUUCAUGCUGCCAUCUAGUGGAAUGGGAAUAAAAUAAAAUUCUAACA